UGUGUGUGUGCUUGCAUUAAGAAGGCGUGAUGGAUGGGAGGGCAGAAGCUUUGUUCCUGUCUUCCUCAUGCUUACUGUACAGCUGUGAGUCUAUUGGAGGGUGAGAGCCGUGAAAAGAGGAAGGAAAGCAGCUGAUGUUCCCGUUCGCGCUGUAUAAAUGCACAGAUUCUGAGGACAGGCUCCCACGCUGUCGCUGCCAGUUCUGCCUGAGCCACAGCAGGAGUGAAGUGUCACUGACGGCCUCGGUGACUGGGCACAUCUGGUCUGCUCGCCGACCUGUGGAACCAUGAGUGAGCUCAGGUUAGCGAGGAACAGCCUGUGGGACGGACUGCUCACCAGUUCUCCCAGUAAACCUUUCCGCAAGAGACGCUGCCUCAGCGAUACCUCCGACCUGUUCGCCAUGAUCGAGAGGAUUCAGGGUUGCAGGAUGGAUGAGCAACGGUGCCCCGUCCCACCGCCCCUCAAAACAGAGGAGGACUACAUCCCCUACCCCAGCAUUCAUGAGGUUCUGGGCCGCAGGAGCCCGUUCCCGCUCAUUCUGCUUCCCCAGUUUGGAGGCUACUGGAUCGAGGGGACCAACCAUGAGCCCAAGGAGCCGGCGGAGACGGAGCAAGCUCCCUGUCUGAGCAAUCAGGUCAAGCUGGAGACCAACAGCACCGCCAAGAUAUACAGGAAGCAUUUCAUGGGCAAGGAACACUUUAAUUAUUACACGAUGGACGCUGCCUUAGGCCAUUUGGUCUUUUCCAUGAAGUACGAUGUCAUUGGGGAUCAAGAGCAUCUGCGCUUGAUGCUUCGCACAAAACUAAAAACCCACCAUGAUGUGAUUCCCAUUUCAUGCCUUACCGAGUUCCCCAACGUGGUUCAGAUGGCCAAGCUGGUUUGUGAAGAUGUCAAUGUGGACAGGUUUUAUCCCGUCCUCUACCCAAAGGCGUCGAGGCUCAUUGUCACCUUUGACGAACACGUGAUCAGCAACAACUUCAAGUUCGGAGUUAUUUACCAGAAGUUCGGCCAGACGUCGGAGGAGGAGCUGUUUGGAAACAUGGAGGAAAGUUCUGCCUUCGUGGAGUUCUUGGAGUUUCUGGGCGAGAAGAUUGAGCUCCAUGAUUUUAAAGGGUUUCGGGGUGGGCUGGAUGUCACUCAUGGGCAGACAGGCAAAGAAUCUGUCUACACGAGUUUUUAUAAUAAGGAGAUUAUGUUCCAUGUGUCCACCAAGCUGCCUUACACAGAGGGAGACUCUCAGCAGCUGCAGAGGAAGAGGCACAUCGGCAACGACAUCGUCGCCGUCGUGUUCCAGGAGGAGAACACGCCCUUCGUCCCCGACAUGAUCCAGUCCAACUUCCUGCACGCGUACGUGGUGGUGCAGGUGGAGGACGCGUGCUCGGACAACGUCACCUACAAGGUGUCCGUUACAGCCAGGGAUGAUGUGCCCUUCUUCGGCCCGGCGCUGCCCGACCCGGCCAUCUUCAGAAAGGGCCCCGAGUUCCGCGACUUCCUCUUCACCAAGCUCAUCAAUGCGGAGUACGCGUGCUACAAAGCUGAGAAGUUCGCCAAGCUGGAGGAGCGCACGCGUUCCGCCCUGCUGGAGACUCUGUACGAGGAGCUGCACAUCAACAGUCAGUCCAUGAUGGGUCUGGGCGGAGACGAGGACAAGCUGGAGAACGGGGGCGGCGGCGGCGGCGGCGGCUUCUUCGAGUCCUUCAAGCGGGUCAUCCGCAGCAGAAGCCAGUCAAUGGACGCCAUGGGCCUCAGUAACAAGAAGUCACACACAGUCUCUGCUAGUCACAGUGGCAGCUUUACCCACAAUCCCGCAGAGAGCCCCAAAACCCCGGGGAUUUCAUUGCUUGUCCCAGGGAAAAGUCCCAGUAAAUAUGGACGCCGAGGCAGUGCCAUAGGGAUAGGAACAAUAGAAGAGUCACUGAUCAUUCCUGGAAAAAGCCCAACCAGGAAGAAGUCGGGGCCUUUCAGCUCCCGCCGCAGCAGCGCCAUUGGCAUCGAGAACAUCCAGGAGGUGCAGGAGAGGAGCCGAGAGGUGUCGCCCAGCACCCAGAGGACACCAGAGAGCAGCCUCCUGUCGCAGGAAAAUAAAUCCGAAAACUCCUCCAGUCACAGUUCACCGGAGUUUGCUGCCACUAAGAACAGUAUCGGUCCUGCGUGCGGUCAGAGUGACCCAGGGUGCAGUCUGGCCAUGUGUUGCAGGGCUCCGUCCAUCCCCGAGGCUCAGGACCUCUCCCGCUCCUCCUCCAACGCCAGCAGCUUCGCCAGCGUCAUCGAGGAGCAUGAUAACGACCACGAGGCCGAGGACGAGGACAACGCUGGGCCGGAACGCGUGUCCUGCGCUACGCCCCUCAAGAGCGACUCGUUUGUGUACAGCUCGCUGGAGGACAGUCCAUCGUCUCCUCCUCCUCACCACCAACCGGACGGAGCGAAGGCGCCGGAGUCCAAGGGGCCAGAAAGCCGACCCAAGACGGAGCAUCACCCGCAGGAGCACAAGUUCUCAUAGGAAAUCUCAGCCGCGCCCAUGAGAUAACUACAUCUGCACUCAUUUUCAGCAUUCCCACGCGUGGCAGCUUUUUGCCAAAAUGGAGCCGAGGGCAUGUGAACUUCACCACCGACCGAAGGGAAGCUGCUUAAAGGCCAAAUGCAGGGACUCACAGACCUUCUCCUGUAUGUUUGGAAGGACUCCGCCGCCUGUUGUGACGGAGCCUCAGCUUCGGGGACGUGCAGCUGCCUGUUACCCCGCAUCACCCUCCACCCGCCGUCCGUCCCCUCUGCAGAGCAGGUCCGGCCACUUCAUCAUACAGGCCCCCACUCCUCCCAGUGCUCAUAUACAGAUCAGGCUCCAGGCACCAUCGAACACCUGGUGGCUGCUCAGCCUCAUGGGCGAGUUGCACUAGAGGGGAUGUGUUUUUAAUGUCAGCCUCACAUCCCACUGUGAUGUUGUACAUGGGUUUAACCUUGAUGUGCCCAGUGUGUGGCUGUCUGUCGAACUGCGUCCCGUGUUUAACGAUGAUCUAUUCUCGCUCCUCUGAGUGUUCUGUAGUGGAUAGUUGUCAUGUUUUACAGCGGCUUCGGUAAAUCCCGCGCGUCUUGAGAGAGGGCGCCAUUCAUUCGUCUGCGGCGACGACUCACAUGCACCGUUUACAACGCGUCUGCACCUUUUACAUCCACAAUGCAUUUGUGCCACCGUGAAUCUGCGGCGACGAGAGGAGCCGUUCCAAAUGACCGCGGGCUCUGCUGAUGCUGUGAAAUGAAUCACUGUUGUCUCGACCAUCCAGCUUCUUAUUCAGCCCCCUGUUCAAAGCGCUGCCGUUUGGACCUUUGUCUCCCUCCGUCACACAUUUUAUGUUUGCAUUCUUUAUGCAUGGUGUAAAUCUGCUUCUCCUCUGUACAAUCACGCCGCACUUGACGUGAGGGCGACGUCCCUGUGAUUUGUUAUAUUGAAGACUUUAUUUGUAAAGCGUUGACCCAAGCACUACAUUUAUCACAGUUGUUUUAAGAAGCUGAACUGAUUUGUUGCUGAAUAUGAAUCACACUGUGACUCGUCUUGAAGUUGCCUUUGAUUGUGUUGUGUGAGCUGCUUCGACGGGGCCGCUUAAAGGCCGGUUGGCUUGAAUGUAAAACUUGGCAGACUUAUUUAUUUGUACAUACCUGCCCCAUCGAGUGGUGGACACGAGUCGUCUUUGUUGAGGAGGAAGUAACGGAUGCGAGGAAGGGUUUUAUUCCAGUAAAGUGAUCGAACAUGAGAUUUAUUGUCUGUAGUAAAUUAUUGACAGCAUUUAUAAGUUGUGAAAGUGCAGAAGGUUUAAGACACUGAACUAAAUGCAAAACAGUAGAAACAGUGUAAUGAAUAAGCUGCUUGGUUACAAAUGACUAGAAAAUGCAGAUAUUUUGCAUUUGAACAAAGUCACAGAUAAAAGGCAGAGAUGGCACACAUGAUAGCGUGUGUGUGUGUGUGCAUGUGUGUGUGUGUGCGUGCGUGAUUCUGUUUGUCUAGAGAUAUGAAAACGUAUGAUUUCCAAUGAUUUUCCUCUGGAGUUCUGAACUGUCAGGAAGCUAAAGUGCUCCCCCUUGUGGCUAUGUAUUAUUACAGCACAUCACCCCGUGGUACCGCCCAUCUAACCGUGCUUGCACUGUGUGCUGAUGACCAAUGCAAACCAAAACACACGAGGCUGGGGGUCAACCUUCUAUGUGCUCCAUGAAAAUGAUUGUAUUUCUGUUUCUGUCACCAGUCUGCUGAAGCCCUUGAUCAAAAGACUUGUUUGUAAAUAUUGCUUUUCAUCCUUUUUGUAAAUGAAGCCAACAAAAUGGAAAAAUAUUUAAUAAAGAUGAAGAUGCAUAUCA